CUUACCAGGAAGUGACUGUCUUAUUCUUUCUCUCUUUACUCUCGUACUGAUUAUGUUCUUUAUUCUUGGAGUGAUCAGUGCAGAACGAAGGGAAAGACUUUCUAAAAGGUUUCUUGUGAAGUUUGUUUCAGAGUCGACAGCAGAUCUUUGCUGAUUCUGAUGAUUAUUCAUUAUUGAAAGCAACAUUCAGAGAUUGAAAGUAAAGUUCAGAUCGUUGGAGCUUUUAUAAGCAGUGAAAAUGGAUUCACUCUCUGUGGAAGAACUUUCUUGUCCCGUCUGCUGUGAAAUCUACAAGAAUCCUGUUGUUCUGUCGUGUAGUCACAGUGUGUGUAAAGAGUGUCUUCAACAGUUCUGGAAAACCAAGAGAACUCAGGAGUGUCCCGUCUGCAGGAGAAGAUCUUCAAGAGAUGAACCUCCUCGUAAUCUGGCAUUGAAGAAUUUAUGUGAGAUGUUUGUGAAGGAGAGAAAUGAGGAGGAGAUCUGCAGUUUACACAGAGAGAAACUCAAACUCUUCUGUCUGGACGAUAAACAGCCGGUGUGUUUAGUGUGCAGAGAUUCAGAGAAACACGUCAAUCAUAAAUUCAGACCCAUCUGUGAAGUUCUUCCAUCUUGCAAGGAGGAACUCAAUACAGCACUGAAGUCUUUACAAGAGAAACUCAAACACACAGAAAACAUGAAAGGAGAGUUUGAUAAAUCAGUUGGACACAUCAAGACUCAAGCUGAGCACACAGAGCGUCAGAUUAAAGAGCAGUUUAAGAAGCUUCAUGAGUUUCUCCGACAUGAAGAAGAAGCUACAAUCACUGAACUGAGAGAGGAAGAGGAGCAGAAGAGUCAGAUGAUGAAGAGGAAGCUUGAGGAGAUGAACACACACAUCUCAGCUCUUUCACACACAAUCAAAGACAUGGAGGAAAUGAUGAAAGCCAAUGACGAUGUCUCAUUUCUAAAGAACUUUAAUGUGACAAUGGAAAGAGUCCAGAUCUCACAGCUGGAUCCACAGAUGACUUCUGGAGCUUUCAUUCAUGUGCCACAUUACUUGGGCAACCUGACAUUCAGAGUCUGGAAGAAGAUGCGAGACAUUGUCCACAAGACUCCUGUGAUUCUGGAUCCAAACACUGCAAGUCCAGAUCUGAUACUGUCUGAUGAUCUGACCAGUGUGAUAUGCAGUUAUAACAGACAAAUAUUACCUGAUAAUCCAGAGAGAUUUAACUGUUAUUCGUGUGUUCUGGGUUCAGAGGGGUUUAACUCAGGAACACACUGCUGGGAUGUGGAGAUUAAACACAAUAAAGGCUGGAGUCUUGGAGUAACUACAGCAUCAAACCAGAGGAAGGGACUUGAUUUCUUUAACACUGAUGUCUGGGGUGUGGGGUAUAAUCUUGGAAUGUUCUCAUGGUUUCCCUCCACUGUGUUUCGUAUCACACUGAAUCUUGAGCGUGUGAGAGUUCAUCUGGAUUAUGACAGAGGAAAAGUGUCAUUCUCUGAUCCUGUAACUAACACACAUCUACACACAUUCACACACACAUUUACACACACACUCUUGCCAUUCUUCAGGAUUUAUGAUGUCUCAUCCCCUCUGAGGAUUCCUGAAGGUUCCUUGCUAGCCUGAGUCAAAUGACCCAACCCAGAAGUCUCUAUGAUGUUCUGGUGCAGAGAUAUGCAUUUUGCCAAUCGGUUGCUAGGGUAACCUCAUUUGGUUGCAAUUCAGUUAUCAGGGUGAUACUUACAAUCAUCCUCCAGUGGCCUUUGUGAUAAAACAGCACUUUUAAUAGACUGACCACGUUUGCAUCAAGAGCACAGUGUUGAUGUGGAUUUUAUUUACACAUGCAACAAUAAGUGCCGCCAGAUUCACAAUUCACAGAGUCAUGAGAGAGAUGGGCAAUCAGAAAUAUCAUUUUCGUUUACUUGGAAGAAAAAAAAAUAUCCCCUCAAGUCAUAAUUAUGAAUGGAAAACACAGAAAGGAUUUUUAAACCUGAGUUUUCGAAUUGUGAGGAGACAUGGUGGAGGAGAGUAUGGUGACUGUGUUGAUCAAAGUAAGAGUUCACCAAGAAACAUGCAAGAAUGAAACUGAAGUCCUCCAUAUUUCUCUCAGACAAAAAAGAACACUUAAUCGUAACAUACUCGUUAGUGCGACUUCAGAAGUAGGAAGUAGGAUAAUUCCAAUGGCUGCAUCUCUUCACAAUCACACAGAGUGGAUUACUACCACACUACAGCUGAGGCAUAGAUUUAAACAAACAGAUUCAGCAUUACAGAUCAUCACUACGACAGGUGCAGGUUCAAACAUCAAACAUGCUCAGUUUCUCUCUUUCUCUCAUACACACACACUGUCACGGAGCGCUCAGCUACGCCUCCCUCUGGUUUCAUCCGCUCCCUCUCUCCGGAGUUUUAGAACUGCACUUCCCAUCUUUCCCUCUGGUCAUUAUCUAUCUCCAUCCCUGCCUGGUUUAUCUGAUUAUCCUCAUCACCGUCACCUGUUCAUCAUUAUCUCCCCUAUAUCUGGACUGUCCCUUUCAUUGUUACUUUGCGAAGUGUUGUUUUGCUCAGCUGACAUUACCAAGCGUUAUUCCCUGAUUCCCGUUAUUAUCUGGACCUUAGAUCUCUGCCUGGACUCUAGACUCUGUGAAACUUUGCUGCCUGCCCUGACCCUUGCCUGUGUCUGAUUACGAGUACUGGAUUGUCCCUUUAUCAGAGCCUGUUUCUGUUUAUGUCUGCUUCUCUCUGUUUGAUUGCAUGUGUGAAUAAACUACUGCAAAUGGAUCCAAACGCCUCUGCCUCUACACUACACACACAUUGUUACUCCUGUAAUUUGUUAGAAACAGCCCAAGCCAUUGUUUCUAGUUCUAAAGUGAUGUUUUUGAAUUAGUGAUAAAGGCUUGGGCGGAUCUUUCGACCUAGCAACAGCAGAUCCUGUGUGGGGUAAAAAAGUAGUUCAACACACAAAAGUGUUU